AAGUAGCCGAGCGCUUCUAAAGGGACGGCUUCCGUCCAGGAGCAUGCGCACACGGCUUCAAGAAGCCAAGCUUUGUGUGGGCAGGUAAGGUUCCUUUUUCCGGUCCUGUUGAUGUUUUGGGCGCCUCUCACUUUUGCAGAAGGGCUGAAAGCGGCUGGCAAAGGCAAGUCGGCCUUUCCACUGGAGCUUGAUCUGGGCUGGAGUAUUGCUUGUUGGGUUUUGUGGUUGGUGUCUGCUGUUAUUCAUAUUUUGCAUCUUUUUUUAAAAAAAAAUUAAAAAUCUCAUGCUUUUAUUUUAUUUUAUUUUAUUAUCUCUCUCAUGCUUUUAUUUGAUAUUAAUAUUUUGUGCCUUUAUUUCUUUUAACCACUUAUUACGUGGCAAUUGCUCUAUUUUCUGGACUUUUCGAUGCGUUCUGCUUAUUGUUUGUGACUGCUUUGCUUUUGUAAUUGCGUAAUUGCCAUAAGCUGCUUUGAGCAAGGCCUGAAUUAUACGAAUAAAAUGAUGAUCUACCAGUUUGGUAAGCGCAAAACAAGCAUUUGCUUUCAGAUCUGCUGUUGGAACAAUUGCUAGGAAAGGAAAGGUCUCGUUUCAAGGUGCAAUCUCACACCCACUUUUACCUGAAAGUCCCACUGAAUCAAGGUGGAUUUGAUUUAAAGCAAAUCGAUUUAAAUCAUGAUUUAAAUCACUAGUCAGUAAGACUCGAUUUGAAAUCAUUUUAUUUUUUACAGAAAGGCAUUCCUGCCGGUAUAAUCUUAAUAUUUACAACCAGAUGAAGGUUUCAUUUUUGGAACAAUGACUUUUCAGAAUAGUUUUUACAGUUAUAACAAAAAUUACUGAUUUGGUUAUACUAUUAGAAAUACGUAGACAGAUAAUUAUGAAAUUAUUGUGAGGUUUAAUAAGUUAACUGUUUAUCUCUGGACAACUUUUCUGCUGUACUUUAUUGGAAGGAGAAAAAUAAUAAUUUCCUUAAUAACAAUAUAAAAAAUUUAUUUCAGUAAUAUUAUAGCAUAUGUAUCCAUGUUUGUUAACUGAUGUGGUUAAACAUUUUUUUUUUAAAUAGACUGAUUUUCAGCACACAUGAAAAACUUAAAACAAAUCCUUAUUUCCUGGACUGUAAUGUAACUUAAAUAGAAAGCUAACUUUAGAAAGAUAUUUUCCUCCAAAAGCAUUUUAUUUUUAAAAUCCAAUUUAAAUUUAAAAAAUCUGUUUAAAAUUUUAAAAAACCAGAUUUUUUUUAAUCAUUGAUUUCUAUCUACAGUGGUACCUCGCAAGACGAAUGCCUCGCAAGACGAAAAACGCGCAAGACAAAAGAGUUUUCCGUUUUUUGAGUCGUUCCGCAAGACGAAUUUCCCUAUGGGCUUGCUUCGCAAGACGAAACGUCUUGCGAGUUCUUGCGAGUUUGUUUCCUUUUUCUUAAAGCCGCUAAGCCGCUAAUAGCCGUGCUUCGCAAGACGAAAAAACCGCAAGACGAAGAGACUCGCGGAACGGAUUAAUUUUGUCUUGCGAGGCACCACUGUACCCUGCACUGAAUUCAGUUUCAGAAGUAUGUAGCUAUGCAUAGAACUGUAUUGUUGGAGACUAGGAAAUUUAUUGGUGCACGAAGCAUUGAGGACUUUACCAGACACAUGAAGUUGGCAGAUGGUCCGGAAUGAUGGGAUCAACAACUGCUGCCUAUUCCCCUGGUUGGUAGCUAGCAAUCCUUUGGGCUGCUUUUAUUAUUUCCACCUCCUCCCUUAUCAUAAUUAUUAUCGGGGCUUUUUUUCCAGCUGGAACUUGCUGGAACUCUGUUCCGGGACCUCUCAAGUGGUCGCCAUUGCCAUUUUAAGAGAACAAGGGAAUGGAUACAAAAGCUUAUGGGAUAUGGAGAAAUGGCGAAACGUACCGGAAAAAUAAGAAAUCAAGAUAACGGAACUUUUUAUAAAAGAAUGGAAAUAGUUUAUUGAAUAUUUACAGAUAAAUCAUAAACACAAAAAAUUAGCAGGAUUAAUAUAGUAACCUGCAGUUUUAUAAGAGUAUAUAUUUACAGUAGAUUAUUAAACGAGCAAGCUAAAUGGAUGUGAAGAAGAUGUUAAAAAAUGAUUUUAAGGAACCGCAGAAAGAGGAGGAAGUCAACUUUUGAAACGUUAAAUUGAUUGUAAAACUAAUGAAAUGUAUAAAUUAAAAAGAGAAGAAGGGAGGCGUUCAUGAUGGGUUCCAGCACCACUUUUUGUAGAAAAAUCAUUCUCAUUUCAAUUUAACCUUUCUAGGUUUCCGUCUCUGGAUCCGGCCAUGGAAUCUUCUGCUCCUGAAGAGGAGAAACCUGCACUCUCUGCCGCGAUGAGGGCAAAGAUAGAGCGGAAUCGCCAGCGGGCACUGAUGCUGAGGCAAGCAAGGCUGGCUACCAGGCCUUACCCUCCUACCGGCGAAGGUUCGCUUGGCACUGCAAUGUAAUACACGAUGGACAGGUCCAGGUAGCUUGUGCAGGUUAGCCUCCAGCUGGUAAGAGAGGCGUAUGGAUAGGGAAGAGGGAAAUCUUAGAAUUUUGGAAUGGGAAGGGACCUCCAAAGCUCAUCUAGUCAAACCCCCACAGUGCAGGGUUGAUGUUGUGGCCAAAGGGCAAAUUCUCAUGCUUUUCUAUGUAUGGUCAGAUGACUGGGACAACGACUGGGCCCAUAACCGAUGUCAGCAUCGCCCAUGAGCCAGUGCCACCAACUGGACUCAUCCACUUCAGCCCCGACUGGGCUAGGCGAGCUGGGUAGCACUUCCAGAGACCACCUUUUGCACAGGAACAGGUCAAAGUGCUGUGGACUCACAGCUUAGAGUUGUGAGCACCGGAUUCACUUCCACAAGAAGACAGUCGUCGCACAGCAGAGUACAGCAGACUCUAGCAGAGUACAGUGGUGCCUCGCAAGACGAAAUUAAUCCGUUCCGCGAGAGUCUUCGUCUAGCGGUUUUUUCGUCUUGCGAAGCAAGCCCAUUGACGGAUUAGCGCUAUUAGCGCUAUUAGCGGUUUAGCGGCUAUUAAAGGCUUAAAGUCUUAGGGGAUUAGCUGCUAAAAGGCUAUUAAAGGCUUAGCAGAUUAGAUAAAGGGGGGGAAAAGCGAAAAAAAAAUCUCAAGACUCGCAAGGUAUUUUCGUCUUGCGAAGCAAGCCCAUAGGGGAAUUCGUCCUGCGAAGCAACUUCAAAACGGAAAACCCUUUCGUCUAGCGGUUUUUCCGUCUUGCGAGGCAUUCGUCUUGCGGGGCACCACUGUAUAUAAACAACUCGGAGAGCAGCUCUGUAGAAUAUCUUCUUUUAUUCUAUCUACAACUAUACAAACUAUAUACAGAGCUUAAUAGGUCUAAGCAUAAAUAAAUGCUGCACUGCACUGAGUGUCUGCAGCUGCUCUUAGCAGCAACCUUAUCUCUACACACGAUCUCUAACACUCAGUCUCUCUCUCUCUCUCUCCCCGACACUGACUGACUGACUGACUGACUUGGUGCUGGAGCAGAAUAAGUAGAGAGCAGAACACGCCUCCUCCUCUCUGGAGAAUCAGCAGGCUCCUCAGGAGAUUCUUGGAUAUGGGAGGGGUGAAAUCUCCUCAGGGCUUGCCUCUGAAGCUUCUGUAGUCUGAGUCAGUUGUGCAAUUUAGGGCGGUUCAUAAAGAACUUUUUUUUUUUUUUUUAAACGCCUGCUCCAAAGGUCUUCUCUUACUACACCAGGGAUUAUAUAGCUAGAUCUGAAAUUUCAUGCACAUCAGUUAAUAUCUUGACCCUGCUCCACUGAAUUGAAAUUUCAGACUUCACGACAUAGGAAAACGGCCAAGUAAACAGCUAUUUUCUUGAAAUUUCAGAUCUAGCUAUAUAAUCCCUAGUGUAGUAAGAUAAGACUUUUGAAGCAGGCAUUUUCAAAAAAAAGUUUUUUAUGAACCGCUCUACUGUGCAUAUGGCUAGCAAAAGUAUACUGGAAAGUAAAAGGCACAUUAUGAUGGGAAGUUGUGGGUUUCCUUUGUGGCUGUGUGCUGCUGAAGUCUGUGAGCUCCUGAAGGAGGCUAAUGCAAUGUUCCUUAAAAACAUUCAGGCAAGAAGGGAAAGCCUUCAAUCUGUAAUGCUACAAAGCAGAAAUCUUAGGUGGUUGCUACCAGCUUUGGAGUUGUGGUCCAGGGAUAGAAAAUACCUGGGGUGAUCCUUGAUAUUGACAACCCAAAAGGAGACUUUUCAGAGACCUCAGGCCCAUCUUCCUUGUUAGUUCUAGCAAUCUGAUCCUACACCUUCUUAAAAGUGAAUGGGGAUCUCUAAAUGUAUAGAGAGGCGGUGUGGUAUAGUGGUUAGAGUCAGAUAGUAGUAGUAAUAAUAAUAAUAAUAAUAAUAAUAAUAAUUUUUAUUUAUACCCCGCCCUCCCCAGCCAAGGCCGGGCUCAGGACGGCUAACAAGCAAUAAUAACAACCUAAAAACAAAAUUAAAAUACAACAUUAAAGUAUUGAAACCUCAUCGCAGGAGGAGAAAGGAAAAGAAAAAAGAAAGGGAGAGGGAAUCAAAUUGGCUCUAAGCCAAAGGCCAGGCAGAACAACUCUGUCUUACAGGCCCUGCGGAAAGAAAUCAGAUCCUGCAGGGCCCUGGUCUCAUGAGGCAGAGCGUUCCACCAAGUCGGGGCCAGAGUUGAAAAGUCCCUGGCUCUGGUUGAAGCCAAUCUAACUUCCUUAGGGUCCGGGACCACUAGGGUGUUGCUAUUUAUGAACCUUGAGGCUCUCCGUGGGGCAGACCGGGAGAGGCGGUCCCGUAGGUACGAGGGUCCUAGGCCGUGAAGGGCUUUAAAGGUCAAAAGCAGCACCUUAAAUCUGACCCUGUACUCCACCGGGAGCCAGUGCAGCUGGAAAAGCACUGGGUGAAUAUGCUCCCAUGGCAGAGACCCCGUGAGGAGCCUCGCUGCAGCAUUCUGCACCCGCUGGAGUUUCUGGGACAGCUUCAAGGGCAGCCCCGCGUAGAGCGAAUUACAGUAGUCAAGCCUGGAGGUGCAUGGAUCACUGUGUCUAGGUCGGGGAUAUCUAGGAUCUAGGAUAGGUCUUUGGACUACAAUUCCCGUCAUCCCUGACCACUGGUCCUUCUAGCUAUGCAUGAUGGGAGUUGUAGUCCAAAAAAACCAGUUGGAGACCCAAGCAAUGCAAUAAUAAUGUAUUGGAUUUCAAUAGAUACUCCUUUUUUUUAUUGUGGGCUGCUUCUUAACAUUUGAGCAAGGUUAGACAUGGCUUCCUCACCUACCAAUAGACUUUAUUACAUCAGUGUCAGGUACUGAUUGCAAAGUUUAUUUUUGUUUUUUCUGCAGGCAGUUCCAAAGUGAAAGCACCUCCAAAGAUAAUAGAUACCGGGGGAGGAUUCUUUCUUGAAGAGGAGGAGGAAGAGGAAAACAAAGCAGAGAAAGUUGUACAUCUCCCUGGUGAAUAUGGCAGUGAGGAAACGGCUGCUGUUGGUUGUGCUUAGUUAGUGGAAGGUGCCAUGAUAGGGGGAACUGAGCCAAAAGAGAAAUUCCUUGCUUGCAGAGACAUAAAAAUAUUUGUCUGAAAGGCUGGUACAAGCACACAUUGCAAUGUGUUCUUCUAGAAGAGCUGAUAAACAUUACAGUGGUACCUUGGGCUACAGACGCCUCAGGUUACAGACUCUGCUAACCCAGAAAUAGUACCUCAGGUUAAGAACUUUGCUUCAGGAUGAGAACAGAAAUUGCGCGGCGGCAGCGGGAGGCCCCAUUAGCUAAAGUGGUACGUCAAGAUAAGAACAGUUGCAGGUUAAGAACGGACCUCCAGAACAAAUUAAGUUCUUAACCUGAGGUAGCCACUGUAUUGUGCAUCAGUUCAUAAUCAUCUAACAGUCUGGUCUCGCGGGGCUGGGAAUGUAAAGAAUGUUAAAAGGAAUAUGAAGCCUGCAUGCAUGAAUACUAUAUUUAGCUGCAGGACAGAGAGUUAGAAGUCCUUUUAUUCUUCUUUCUUUCUUUCUUUCUUUCUUUCUUUCUUUCUUUCUUUCUUCAGGUUUUCCUUUUUCUUGUCUUUUCUCCUUUCUGCCUUUGUUCUUUUUUAGACCGAGUAGCUGUUUUAUAUCAGUACAUUAUAAAAAGAUGCUUUGUAAUGGGUAUUUUUUGGUGUAUCUCUGAAUAAAUAUCAAUAAAUAAAUUUAAAAUGAAAAAAAUAUUUUUGCUAUCUUGAAUGCACUUUAACAGCUUACGCCCUGUUGUUUAUUCAUUUUUUUUAAACAGGGCCUGUGUUAGAAUUUGAUUACAUUAUUUGUGAAGAAUGUGGUAAAGAAUUCAUGGAUUCCUACCUCAUGAACCACUUCGAUCUAGCAACAUGCGAUAAUUGCAGGUAUAUAGCAAAUAAAGAAAGGGGGAAAUAAUGGCUUGUAUGCAAUGCUGUGGCCAACAGGAUUCUACUGACCUUUAGCACCCUAAAUGGCUUUAGCCCUGUGUACCUGAAGGAGCAUCUCCACCCCCAUCAUUCAGUCCGGACACUGAGAUCCAGUACCGAGAGCCUUCUGGUGGCUCCCUCAUUGCGAGAAGUGAAGCUACAGGGAACCAGGCAGAGGGCCUUCUCGGUAGUGGCACCUGCCCUGUGGAACGCCCUCCCAUCAGACGUCAAGGAGAUAAGUUACUAUACAACCCUUAGAAGACAUCUGAAGGCAGCCUUGUAUUGGAAAGCUUCUUAUGUCUGAUGUUUCACUGUGUUGUGUUGUUUUGUAUUCUGUUGUAAGCUACCCAACGUGGCUGGGGAACCCGGUCAGAUGGGCAGAGUGCAAGUAAUGGAAUUAUUAUUAUUACUAGCAAAGCGGCACCCACCAUUUCUCUCAUUCUCCCUGCAAAACUGCUGUAGAGCAGGUUUUCCCAAACUUGAAUCUCCAGCUGUCUUUGGACUACAACUCCCAUCAUCCCUAGCUAGCAGGGCCAGUGGUCAAGGAUGAUGGGAAGUGUAGUCCCCUAAAAGCUGGAGCCCCGUUGGAUCCUCCAACUCUCUGGAGCCGAUUUGGAGAGUGCACAGAACAGCUAGAGGGGACAGAAAGUGGAAACUCCAUUGCGCACAUGGAAAUAUUUUGUGCCAGUGGAGCCACAGCUUGGGCUGUGGCUCAAUGCCCUCAAUAUUUCAUAUUUUGUGUGUGUAGUUUUGUGUUGUAAAAAUUAUUCUUGUCUCAGUAUAAAUGUUCUUUGAUAAACUUCAUUUCUGCAAAGUAUGAUGAAGUUUGUCAAAGGUCGUAUGUUUCAGCUGAGCAAAAAGGAACCUGAAUUUUCACGCUAACAUGAGCUGCCUGUUGUAAAGGCCUGUACAGGAUAGCCCUGUGAAGCACAUGCUCAAGUCUUGCGUGGAAUGAAAUGGUAUUUGAAUGUAGCCCAAUAUUACGUAUGUUUACUAGGAAGGAAUACACACUGUGCCCAGUGCAGACCAUAAUAAUAAUACAGUGGUACCUUGAUUUAUGAACAGAAUCUGUUCCGGAAGUCCGUUCUUAAUCCAAGGCAUUCUUUCCCAUAGCAGCGGGGGACUCAAUUUACAAAUCGAACACACUCAACAGGAAGCAGAACAUGUUCUUAUUCCAAGGCACAGUUCACAAACCAAAACACCUACUUCCGGAUUUGCGGCAUUCUUAAUCCAAGCUGUUCAUAAGCUAAGCUGUUCUUAAACCAAGGUAAGGUAAAGGUAAAGGGACCCCUGAGUAUUAGGUCCAGUCGUGGCCGACACUGGGGUUGCGGUGCUCAUCUCGCUUUAUUGGCUGAGGGAGCCGGCGUACAGCUUCUGGGUCAUAUGGCCAGCAUGACUAAGCUCUGGCGAACCAGAGCAGCGCACGGAAACGCCGUUUACCUUCCCGCCGGAGUGGUACCUAUUUAUCUGCUUGCACUUUGACGUGCUUUGGAACUGCUAGGUUGGCAGGAGCAGGGACCGAGCAACAGGAGUUCACCCCAUUGCGGGGAUUCAAACUGCCGACUUUCUGAUCGGCAAGCCCUAGGCUCUGUGGUUUAACCCACAGCGCCACCCGUGUCCCUUAAACCAAGGUACCACUUUAAUAAUAAUAAUAAUAAUUUAUUACUUAUACCCCGCCCAUCUGGCCACCCAUAUCCUAAUAAGUGGGAUUAGGAUUGUGUCCAAAAUUGCUGAACUUUGCCUGGAUCAUUGCUGCUUCGGUGCAGUUACUGAGCAACUAGAACAGGGAAUGCCUUUGAACCAUGAGAUGCAAUUCAUGGCUGGCUUAAGUUUUGCGGGUUGCAAUUCUAGGCACACUUAUGACAGUGAGCCACAUUAAAAUAGUAGGAUUUACUUUUGUGUGUUUAUGUAUAGGACCGAAGGGAGAGGGCCACGGCUCAGUGAGAGAGACCACUCUUUGCUCUCAGGAGGUCUCGACUUCAUGCCCGACCAUCUCCUGGCAGAGUAGGGGAACCGCUUCUAGUCACUGUAAGCAAUAAAGAUCUCAUGGACCAGGGGACUAACUCUGUGUAACGCACCUUCCCAUAUCAGAUUGCUGACGGACUACUUUACAGCUCAGAAAAUAGCAGCUCAUACAUAAUAACGGUCUUAGUUUCACUGAAUGGGACCUUGUUUCAGAGAUGUUGAAGAAAAGCAUAAACUCAUAACAAGGAGUGAAGCCAAGCAAGAAUAUCUUCUGAAAGACUGCGAUUUAGACAAGAGAGAACCAGUGCUAAAAUUUAUCCUGAAGAAAAACCCUCAUAAUCCGCGAUGGGGUGACAUGAAACUUUACUUAAAGCUACAGGUACGGAGCUUUGUUCAGUAAUGUGUGAUCUCUCUAUAAAAAAAACACCCAGUUUUUAUUUGCAGUAGUGAAUGUUAGGAUAUUUCCGUUCCACCUUAAAAGGGAGCAGGCUUUGUGAGUCAGAGUCUGCGUAUUUCCUGUUCACAGGAUGUUUAUGUUUUCUGUUGCUUUCGUUUUCUCUCUGUGUCGCAGACACUAAAAGCAGUCAGUCAUGUUUUUCUGUGUUCUGAUCAACGCUGAAUAAACUUGUAAAUAAUGCUCUCCUGAUUGCAACUUUUGGCUGUGCAUUAUCUGCUGAUAGAGCGUGCAUGAGCUCGAGAAUGUGGCAAGAUAUUUUCUAGAAACUCAUGUCGCUGCGUGCCUACGGGAGGUCGAUGGAUCGUCCGGCAGACGGCUUGGGGGCCUUGGUGGACUUUAUCUCCCUGGCAGUAUCCCAACAGUGAAGACAAAAGGCAGGGUGUGACCCUCCAGAAAAGUUAAUUGGGUACCUGGCGGUGAGAGAGCGAUGGUUUCACCCACUGCACACCGCCAGGUGAGGUUGCCCUCGCGCUCUCGUCUUCAAACUGAGGGAAGAACAAGCUGCGAGGUGCUGGAGCUAAUGUAACUUGUUUUUCCCUCAGCGCCCGGGCACUGGGGGCAGAGGGAGUCCCUCUGCCGCUGAUGCCCUGUGUGGAGGAACAAAAUGCAUUGGCUCACUGGAGUGAAAUUGCCAGUACUCCUGCCAAGGAGCUGAGACAGUUUCACCCCAGCGCUUCGCGGGACUGGGCCCAACGCAGCUCGUUCCUCACUUCGCUUUUCAACAUCACAGUGUUUGGCUGGUGAUACAUCACGAUGCUGAAAAGCUGCUAUCACCAAGCCCUAUUCUGAACACAGGGACACGGGUGGCGCUGUGGGUUAAACCACAGAGCCUCGUUGUUGUUUAGUCGUUUAGUUGUGUCCGACUCUUCGUGACCCCAUGGACCAGAGCACACCAGGCACUCCUGUCUCCAGCAGUUUGGUCAAACUCAUGCUGGUAGCUUCGAGAACACCGUCCAACCAUCUCGUCCUCUGUUGUCCCCUUCUCCUUGUGCCCUCCAUCUUUCCCAACAUCAGGGUCUUUUCCAGGGAGUCUUCUCUUCUCAUGAGGUGGCCAAAGUAUUGGAACCUCAGCUUCACGAUCUGUCCUUUCAGUGAGCACUCAGGGCUGAUUUCCUUCAGAAUGGAGAGGUUUGAUCUUCUUGCAGUCCAUGGGACUCUCAAGAGUCUCCUCCAAUACCAUAAUUCAAAACAGAGCCUAGGACUUGCUGAUCAGAAGGUCGGCGGUUCGAAUCCCCGCGACGGGGUGAGCUCCCGUUGCUCGGUCCCAGCUCCUGCCAACCUAGCAGUGCAAAAGCACGUCAAAGUACAAGUAGAUAAAUAGGUACUGCUCUGGCGGGAAGGUAAACGGCAUUUCCGUGCACUGCUCUGGUUCGCCAGAAGUGGCUUAGUCAUGCUGGCCACAUGACCCAGAAGCUCCCUCGGCCAGUAAAGUGAGAUGAGCACCGCAACCCCAGAGUCGGCCACGACUGGACCUAAUGGUCAGUGGUCCCUUUACCUUUACCUAUUCUGAACACUUAUGUACAUUCCUCAGCAUCCUCCCCUUUACAUGCAGGAAUCCCUUCUAUACGUUAAUUCAGAAGGGCAGCAUUGUUAUAAAUGCCUUUGCUGGAUACAGGUUAUGUAUCUAGUUUAUUAAAUGUCACAUUACUUCUGUACCAACACAAAUAAUGAGGUGGGGGUAUCUGCAUAGUUUUGUGUCCCAUUUUUAUAGUGUGGAGGGAACCAGAGGAAUUCCCUUGGAACAGAUCCAUGCAGGCUUGAGGCCUACACAGAUCAUGCCUCUGGGCGUAGACCACAGUGCGCUGCAACAGAGAUCAAACUCUGAGACCGGUUUUUUGUUUGUUCAAAUGUCUUAAUCUGCAGGUGAUCAAGCGCUCUCUUGAAAUCUGGGGUAGCGAAGAAGCGUUAGAAGAAGCGAAGGAAAGCAGACAAGACAACAGAGAGAAGAUGAAACAAAAGAAGUUUGAUAAGAAAGUUAAAGGUGUGAAUUGAGCGUUCUCUUGACCACCCCACCCCACAAACCUACCAGUUAAACAACAGGUCUCUUCAUCUUCUAGCACACUGAACAGCUUACUGCGUAUUUGUACAACGCGGGUGGCGCUGUGGUCUAAUCCACUGAGCCUCCUGAGCUUGCUGAUCAGAAGGUCGGCAGUUUGAAUCCCCGCAACGGAGUGAGCUCCCGUUGCUCUGCCCCAGCUCCUGCCAACCUAGCAGUUUGAAAGCACACCAGUGGAAGUAGAUAAAUAGGUACCGCUGUGGCGGAAAGGUAAACGGCGUUUCCGUGCGCUCUGGUUUCCAUCACAGUGUCCCAUUGAGCCAGAAGCUGUUUAACUGGGCUUAACCAUCCAGAGGUCCUUUACCUUUUUACCUACAAGGGGGGCGGGGAGGGAGUUAGUCCCAUCUAUGGGAUAGUUUCUCUGUAAUUUGGUCCUCUGAAAUAUUUCAGUUUGUUAUAAUUGUUCUGGAACUUGCAAUGUUGCGAAGACUUCUGCAGUUUUUCUGCUCUUACAAAUCCUGGAUUACAAUAUAUAAAUCAGGGAUCGUGGUUGAAAGCAGGAGCCCAUCUCCAGGACACAAAAGAAAAACUUUGGGGCUUCUGGUCUGCCUUGAAUAAUUUUCUUCUUCAUUUUGUAUUAGAACUGCGCCGAGCUGUAAGGAGUAGUGUUUGGAAAAAAGAUACAAGUGUUCAUCAACAUGACUACGGAGAUGAAGAAAUGAUAGACGAAGACCUGUACAAGAAAACCUGCAGGACAUGUGGUCAUGAAUUAACAUAUGAAAAAAUGUAGUAUGUUCUUAGUGCUACAUUACAAUGUACCUUUUGUAAUUUUUUUAAUCCAAUGAACUAAGUGCUCAGCGACUUUUUUUACACGCAGCCUUCCUCAUCCACAAUUGAAAUGCAAUGUUAAAAAUCUGAUUUCAUGGUAGAACUGCAGCCUGCUGAAUCAUGUAAGUAUUGAAUUGUAUUGUGUAUCACUGCUAAUAAAAUAAAAUAAAUGAAAACAA